GAUCCUGAUAGGCUGUCUGACGGAAGUGGGCGGUUCCAAGCGGGUGGUGGCUGGGUCUGUUUCCUGUAGGGUGGGUGCAGCGGCGGCGAGGCGUUGAGGAUCCUGCGUUCUACACUGAGCUUCUGAGGACUCAGCGGGAAGGAAUGGCGGCGGCUUUUCGCAAGGCGGCUAAGUCCCGGCAGCGAGAACACCGAGAGCGAAGCCAGCCUGGCUUUCGAAAACAUCUGGGCCUAUUGGAGAAAAAGAAAGAUUACAAACUUCGUGCAGAUGACUAUCAUAAAAAACAAGAAUUCCUCAAAGCACUUCGGAAGAAGGCUCUUGAAAAAAAUCCAGAUGAAUUCUACUAUAAAAUGACUCGAGUUAAGCUCCAGGAUGGAGUUCAUGUUAUUAAGGAAACUAAGGAAGAAGUAACUCCAGAACAGCUAAAGCUAAUGAGAACUCAGGAUGUCAAAUAUAUAGAAAUGAAAAGGAUUGCAGAAGCUAAGAAAAUUGAAAGACUAAAAUCAGAGCUCCAUCUGCUGGAUUUCCAGGGGAAGCAACGGAAUAAGCAUUUGUUCUUUUUUGACACCAAAAAAGAAGUUGAACAGUUUGAUAUUGCCACUCACCUGCAAACAGCCCCGGAACUAGUUGACAGAGUCUUUAACAGACCCAAGAUAGAGACCUUGCAGAAGGAAAAAGUGAAAGGAAUUACCCAUCAGACUCGACUGAAGCGGAUAGCUAAAGAAAGACAAAAGCAAUAUAACUGCCUGACACAGCGGAUUGAACGAGAGAAGAAAUUGUUCAUUAUUGCACAGAAAAUUCAAACUCGCAAAGAUCUUAUGGAUAAAACUCAGAAGGUGAAGGUGAAGAAAGAAACAGUGAACAGCCCAGCCAUUUACAAGUUUCAAAGUCGUCGGAAACGCUGAAGUGUUAUAGAUAAGCCUUAUCAUUCUGCAUCAAAAAUAAUUCCAGUUUUUUUUUUUGUUUUUUUUUUGGUACCGGGGAUCAAACUCGGCACUUGUGCUGGCGAGGCAGGCAGUGGACCACUGAGCGAAAUCCCUGGCCCAAUUCUAGUUUUGAUAAUUUCAUAUUCCAUUAGUUCAAAUAGCAUGUUUUUUUUGUUUGUUUGUUUAUAACCAUGAUUUGUUGUUGAUCUAAUAUUUGAUGUCUUUCUAUGAGAAAUAUUAAAAUCCCUUGCCCCAUGUCA